AUUACACUCCACCACAGGAGGUGGCAGUAUUUUUGCAUGUUCAGUGCGGCUGCUGUUGUACGUAAAAUCAUUUUCUUGUUGGUUGGUGAAUGACUGGGAUGUGCUGAAACACAUCAGACGGAGUUGUUAUAAAGGAGUUUUUAACACAAUGAGUUCAAUAGGAACUGGGUAUGACUUGUCUGCCUCCACCUUUUCACCUGAUGGAAGGGUAUUCCAGGUGGAAUAUGCCAUGAAGGCAGUAGAAAACAGCAGCACAGCAAUUGGGAUCCGAUGCAAGGAUGGGGUUGUGUUCGGUGUUGAGAAAUUGAUUCUCUCCAAACUUUAUGAACAAGGCUCAAACAAGCGCAUCUUCAAUGUUGACCGUCACGUAGGAAUGGCAGUGGCUGGACUACUGGCUGAUGCUCGAUCCCUGUCUGAGGUGGCCAGAGAGGAGGCCUCCAACUUCAGAUCCAACUAUGGACACAACAUCCCACUGAAGUAUCUCUCAGAGAGAGUGGCCAUGUACGUUCAUGCCUACACACUAUACAGUGCCGUGCGGCCGUUUGGAUGCAGCUUCAUCUUGGGCUCUUACGAUCAAGAUGAUGGUCCUCAGCUGUACAUGGUUGAUCCCUCUGGAAUCUCAUUUGGUUACUGGGGAUGUGCUAUUGGAAAAGCCAAGCAAGCCGCCAAGACAGAAAUCGAAAAGCUUCAGAUGAAAGACAUGACCUGCAGGGAGUUGGUAAAAGAGGUGGCCAAAAUAAUCUACAUUGUACACGAUGAAGUGAAAGACAAAGCGUUCGAGUUGGAACUCAGCUGGGUUGGAGAAGUGACAAAUGGAAAGCACGAGCUGGUUCCUAAAGACAUCAGGGUGGAGGCAGAGAAGUAUGCUAAGGAUUCUUUGGAGGAGGAGGAUGACUCUGAAGAAGACAACAUGUAAACUCAAUUCUGCGGUUUCUUCACUUGUCACACACACCUACUGACAGGACAGCUCUACAAGAAACAGACGGAAAUGAUUUUGUAUGUGUUGUAGAUAAUGGACCAUUCAUGUAAUUUCUUUCCUAUUUGGUUUGAUGGAUUACACAGCUUUGAAAUAAGUGGAUGAGCACUGUUUAUACUAAAAGCAUCUUUGACCAUUAAAAGAAAGGGUCUG